AAACAUUUUAGAUUUCAAAUAGAACACAAAAACAAUUAACUUAUUCAACAUGCGUACUUUCAUUGUUUUAUGCCUGCUAGCAGUUGCUUGUGCCGACAAAUUGGGUUACAACUACCAACCUGUUGGUCAUUCAGAUUCUGGUUUAUCUUUCCAACCUGGAUCUGGUGUUGGUGGUUUGGAUUCCGGUGCUUCCUAUGAUGCUCCUUCAUACUCAGCUCCUGCUGAGUUCGAAAAGGAAUUCUUCUCAUUCUCUGCUCCCGAAAGUGAAUUUGAAGAUCCCAAUGCCGCUCAAAAGAUUGCCGGUAGUGUGAAACAAGGUCUUCGUGUUGUCUUCAUUAAGGGACCCGAAAACAAGGGACUAGAAGAUGCUGCACUCGCUUUGGCCAAACAAGCUGCUAAUCAAAAAACUGCCAUUUAUGUCCUCAACAAACAAGCCGAUAUUGGAGAUUUGGCCAACAGACUCAAUGCUCUCAACAAGAACAACAACAACAAACCCGAAGUUCACUUUGUCAAAUACCGCACACCUGAAGAUGCCGCCAACGCUCAAAAAGCUAUCCAAAGUCAAUACGAUUCUUUGGGCGGGCCUUCUCAAUCUCACAAUGGUGGUGUUGCUCCCGUACUUAACUUCGCUUCUCAAGCACCAGUACAAGCUCCCUCAGUUCAUGCUCCUGGUAAUGCUUACUUGCCUUCAUCUGUGUUCCGUCGUCGUUUAUAAGUAAUAAGACGAACGUAGCCAAAGA